AUGUCUAGUCGUUAUAGAGUUGAUUAUCAUUUGAAGUCGCACCGUAAGGACGAAUUCAUUCAAUGGAUUAAAGGACUACUUUCCGUUCCAUUUGUUUUACAUGCUGUUAACAAUCACGCGGUGGCACAGGACAAGUACAGGCGGAUUUUCAAAGACGUCGAGAGCCUGGUACAAGAGAGAAUUGAAUUACAGGGAAAUAACGGUGAAUUACAUGUAUCUCGCUUGCAACUUUUGGUUCCAACAAUUGGUGAAUUUUUUACAGGUUUACCGCUUUCCGAGGCAUUCUUGCUGCAGGACCAAAAGCGUGCAAUUAGCGCUAGAGUGAGAGUUUCCCCCUCUUUUAAUGAUAUCAGACACAUUUUAAACACUGCACAGAUGCUGGAACUUGCGCGUUCUAAGAAUUUACGAAUGAUGACGUUUGAUGGAGAUGUAACAUUGUAUGCCGACGGCGGCACGCUUAAUGUCGGAGACAAAGCAGUCUCUCGUCUAGUGAAAUUGCUAGAGAUAGGAAUAUAUGUUGCAAUAGUAACUGCAGCAGGAUAUGAUGAUGCCCUUAACUAUGAAAGACGUCUCAUCGGGUUAAUUAAGAAGCUAGAGGAGCACCAGGAAGUUCCUCUUGGUGUCAAGGAGAGAUUAUGCAUCAUGGGAGGCGAGUCUAAUUUCUUAUUUAAGUACUACGAAAGAGAAAGGAAAGGUGGCUUUAAAAGAGUGAACUAUAAUGAAUGGAUGCUGAACGAUCUUCGGAAUUGGACUCACGAAGAUAUCAAGGCAACUCUGGAUCUUGCCGAGGAAACAUUCAAGUCGAUGCUUGUUUUACUCAACCUGCCCCCAGAGACCUCAAUUAUUCGUAAAGAACGUUCUGUGGGGAUUGUACCAGGUUAUCGAUGGGAUCCAGAACUCAAGAUUGAGACAAAGGUCCCUAUUUUAAGGGAGUCAUUGGAGGAGAUAGUUCUACGCGUUGAGGCUAAACUCGAAAGUUUCGUACCUGCCAAAAGGAUAAUGUUUAGCUGCUUCGACGGAGGAAGCGACGUAUGGUGCGACAUAGGAGGAAAGGAUCUCGGUAUCCGUCAGUUGCAACAUUAUUAUAGUUCAGAAAAGCCUUUUACACCGCAGCAGUGUCUGCACGUAGGCGAUCAAUUCACCCCUCUGGGAUCAGCAAAUGAUUUUAAGGCGCGUUUAUCUAGCUGUACAGUCUGGAUCGCAUCGCCGCAAGAGACAGUAGACGUCCUGGAUGAAUUUUUGUCAUAUGUAGACACUAGUGUUCAUUAG